UUUUACGUUACGCUAUUUUUGACAGUUUGUAGCCGUCAAAACAUUUUCACAAUUUGUUUAUAAUAAUGAUAUUUGUACCAUUAUUAUAAGUUACGAGUGUGUGGAAUAGUUGAGUGUAAAUUAUUUAUAUAAAUCUGAUAAUUUCAGAAGACCAAAAAAACUAUGAGUGAUCUGGAACGCAGUAGCCAUCGCAGUACAGAGGAACACGGUGGCAAAAAUCGCGAAAGGCAUCGCAGCGGCAGUCGUAGGAGACACAGCGGGCGCCGUAGCGACAGCCGCGGCCGGCCAAGGAGUCGGAGCCGAGAGAGGCAGCACAGCCGCGACAGAAUAAAGCGAGACCUCAGCAGAGAGCAGCGGAGAGACCGCAGCAAAGAUCGUCGCGCUGCCGACGACGCUGGCCGCAGAGACUCCAACACCAGACCCAGGGAGAAGUCACGUGCGGCACAAAAUCGCCGAAACGACUUUGAUCGUGGCCGGAGUUCAUUAAGAGAUUGCAAUAGUGGUGGGCUUGGCUCAGGGCUGGGUUUGGCGGGGCCAGGGUCAGGGGCACGGGGCAGACACAAGCCGCAGGAGGAAGAGUUCCUGGAUGCCCGGCGUGAGGAGCGGGAGCGCAUCGGACAAACCGGGGUGUCCUCUGUGUGGGGCAAAUCACCUCUCAGGCCAGACUCCGAUGAGGAGCCUUCGCAGCCGAGCCAUUCUGCCAAAAGUAAAGAAAAGAAAAAAUCGAAAAAGUCUAAGGACAAAGAGGACACAAAAACUAAACUAAAGAAACUAAAAAAAAAACUAAAGAAAGUGAAAAAGGCGCGGAAGAAAGCAAAAAAGAAGAAGUCCAAGAGUUCGAGCAGCGAGUCCAGCUCCGAGUCCGGCUCCAGCGAAGACGUCUGGGUCGAGAAGGGACAAGCGGAAGAAAUCGAAAGUGUGUCGAAAUCGUUAAAAGCGAAUAGGAAAGGGUCGACGGAGGAGGCGGUGGGCCCGGCGGCGCGCGAGGCGGGCGGCGCUGUGGGCGCGCUGGGCCCACGCGACUUUGGGCGCGCGCUGCUGCCGGGCGAAGGCGCCGCCAUGGCCGCCUUCGUGGCGGAGGGCAAGCGCAUCCCUCGCCGCGGAGAGAUCGGCCUCACCUCCGACGAGAUCGCCGGCUACGAAGCCGUCGGCUACGUGAUGAGUGGCAGCAGACACCGGCGCAUGGAGGCCGUGCGCAUCCGCAAGGAGAACCAGAUCUACUCCGCGGACGAGAAGCGCGCGCUCGCCGCCUUCAGCAAGGAGGAGCGCGCCAAGCGGGAGAACGCCAUCCUCGCGCAGUUCCGCGACGUGCUGCAGGCGCGUGCGCAGCGCCGCGACCACACCUAGCGCCCACAUCCAGCGCCCACACACAGCCCCGCGCCUCCUCUUACUUCAGCAUAAAGGAAGUUCACAGUUGUCGACAGUGAACUGUGGUCGGGCUCUCAGCCGGGCUGCGGCUCGUACGCCGCCAGACGCGCGCGCGCCACGCGCAGCUCCCCCGCCAG